CCAAGGCUUCCUCUGGGGAAUCUGCAUCUUAAUUCAAAGGCUGCUCCAGUCCCCCCAAGCCCCAGUCCUUCUGCCCCUCCUGGGAAUGGAGCUGGUGCCACCCCCUCCAGUCUCUCACUUGAAUGGCAACUGGCACUACCAGUUCCGGAUCAUCCUACUGGGGGACUCCACCGUGGGCAAGUCCUCCCUGCUGAGGCGCUACGCGGAGGGGUCCUUCAUCCCGGCUCCCUGCCCCACUGUGGGCGUGGAAUUCUACAGCAAGAUGAUGGAGCUGCCUCCCGGCAUCAAGGUGAAGCUGCAGCUUUGGGACACGGCCGGCCAGGAGAGAUUCAGAUGCAUCACCAGGUCUUUCUAUCGGAACGCCGUGGGAGUGCUGCUGGUGUUCGACAUGACCAACCGUAAGUCCUUCGAGCACAUCAUUGAGUGGUACCAUGAAGUGGCCAGCAUCCAGAUUAUGGAGAAGGUCAUCUUCCUCCUCAUUGGCCACAAAAGUGACUUGAAGUCAGACUGCAAAGUCUCCACCGAAGAGGCAGAGGGGCUGGCAGCCUCCCUGGGCAUCGGCUUCAUUGAAACAUCUGCCAAAAGCAACACCAAUGUGGACUUGGCCUUUGAGAUCUUGACCAACACCAUCUAUGAGGCUCUGAAGAACAAGGAGAUCGAUCUGCAGGAAGGCUGGGAUGGGGUGAAGGUGAUUCACAAGAGAACCUGCAACCCCCAGAAGAAGAGGCGAAAACCGCAAGAAAAAUGCCAAUGCUAA